AAUGUUCCUGUCAAUCAUGACUUCCAGGUCUCACUGCCAUAGGCUUCUUGAGCGCAGGUAAAACGACAUGUGAGCCAGAGGGAGGCAUUUGGAAUUACCGGGCGUUCCUGGAUCUGAUAAAGACGCGCUUAUCACGCAGCAGUUGUCAAAUCUAUAUGUACUUUACAUAAGUUAUAUUUAUAAAGAAAGAGCUAUUUGAAUAAGUUUUAUCCGGGAGAUAGUUAUGGAAACUAGUAUAGGACUGGCCAUGAAUCCGACACACACAGAAGAGAGCGCGGUUUUCACGCAGCUAAAACGUGUGCGGCUGUCUGGAGCGGACGGCGCAGAUGACUCGUCCGUUUUUGAGGAAGUGAAACCCGCGGUGAGAAUUAGUCGACAUCUUAACCCGGUGGAGGAAGCCAAGAUCCGGUUGGAGAUGGAAAAGUACCUCCCCCAGACCACAUGCGGUCUCCUCCAUCCUUCAUCCCGCACAGACAAGAAGAACCGUGGAGAGAGCCCCUCAUUGGUGGACAAGUACCUCUCAGAGGAGAAGCCCAACACAGCUCCCUACAGCAUCAACAUCAACCUCAUCCUCCCCAAAACCACCCACCUCUGCACCGGCCUGAACCGGCCCAACAAGCCCCAGCAGCACCACCAGACCCAUCUCCUACAGCACAUCAAGACAGAGCCUGGGUUGGACGUCCCAGUGCCGUGCUCCAUCCAGACCCUGCCUGACUUCAUGUCUGUCUUCAGCAUUCCCCAGACUUUCAACACUAUGUUUAUCAAACCCGAUAUGGCCGCCAGCGGACACCCAGUUUCAGAUGCACAUACUGAGCUGCAUAUUGGCCCCCAACAACCGCAGGUCUACCAGAUGCCCAUCCCCGUCAGCGGAGCUGACCUCACAAUGACACUCUCCCGUAGCAGCCAAUCAGGGACCAGCGGAGCCGGCAACGGUAGAACCAUGCUCAACCUGAACAGCGUCUCCUUGACAACGGUGGGUCACGGCGGUGGUGACUCGUCGUUUGCAAUGCAUUUCUACCACCCCCACGCCAAGGCGUCACCCCAGUCACAGCCCCACAGCCUACCUCCCUCACCCCCCAACUCGCAGCCGGGUAGUCCUGAGAACCAGGCUGAGCUGCUGACCCCUCCGCCGCCCUUCCAGGCCUCUAGCAGACUGGGGUUAAAGGUCACCCAGAUGUCCCACCACUCCAUGCUUAUUGCCCAUGGACAAGGGGUGCUGACAGGACCCAGGUACAACCGACGGAACAACCCUGAGCUCGAGAAGAGACGGAUCCACUUCUGUGACUUCCCUGGCUGCUCCAAGGUUUACACAAAGAGCUCUCACUUGAAAGCACACCAAAGGACACACACAGGGGAGAAACCAUACUCUUGCAACUGGGAGGGCUGUGACUGGCGUUUCGCCCGCUCUGACGAGCUGACACGACACUAUCGUAAACACACGGGAGCCAAGCCCUUCAAGUGUGUAGCCUGCAGGCGCUGUUUCUCCCGGUCCGAUCACCUUUCCCUACACAUGAAGCGCCACCAGAACUAAACACACACACACACACACACACACACACACACACACGCUACAACCACCUGAAGCGUCAUCAGAACAGAGGGACACAUCACCACCAUCCUGAAGCCCCAGAAUGCAUUGCACUGCAUGAGGGCUAAUACAAAGAUCAAAAUGUCUGCUCCUGUAAUGGCAACAUCAUCAUAUGGGCUUUCAAAGAAACAGGACACCUGCCUCCAAUUGCUCCAUGUAAUAAUGGAUGCACAUUGUAUGUCUGUCUGUCUGUAUAUACAGUUUGAAGUCGGAAGUUUACGUACACUUAG